GAGCAACCAAGGGUAAGAGAUGUGGAAGAUACAGCCAGGAGACUUCCAAAGAAAUUACUCACCUAGCCAAAAGGCACAGGUGGUGUACCUGCUGUAUGAAAUCAGGUGGAGAAGACGUUCUGUCUGGAGGAACUGGUGCUCAAACAAUCCUGGACAACAUGCUGAAAUCAACUUCUUGGAAAAUCAUUUCAAUGACAGGCGACAAGCUCCUUGCUCCAUCACCUGGUUCCUUUCAACUAGUCCCUGUGGAAACUGCUCCAGAAGGAUUCUGGAAUUCCUGAGGUCACACCCGAAUGUGACCUUGAAAAUAUAUGCAGCCAGGCUGUUCAAGCACCACGAUGCCCAUAACCGACACGGUCUCCACAGCCUCAUGAUGAAUGGAGUCGCUGUACAUAUCAUGAAUCCUGAAGGGAUUUCCUCCACUUCUGCCAAACUGAAUGCUAAUGAACAUCACCACCAUGCUUUCAAGCUCAAUUUGUGCGUCAAUACAAAAUGCCAGACCCUGGUGGUCUUUUUUGCUGCAACCUUGAUAAGUUUCUUGCUGCCUCCAGAGAAGAUUCAUAUCACUGUCUGGGCAUUGCUAAGUGUGGAACAGAAUAGAAGGGGCACAUGAGAAGCCAUCAGGAAGCUUGGAUGAUGCAGCCAGGCAUCCAGGCCACUCUGGUCUUUACAGAGUUUCCUGAGAGUCCAGUGGGGAUGGAGACCAUUCCCCACAAUCAGGGCUUCCAGGUCUGCAGAUUCUGCAAUCAGAUUCUGCAAGUGCCCUCUUGAGAGGCCAGCAUGUAACAUUUUUCCUGCUCUGAUCUGUUCCAAAGAAGUAAUGAGCCAUGCAUUCCUGCUCUCAGAAUUUCUUAUGAAGAUCGCUUUUAUGGCUACGUGUGUAUGUUUCAGAAAAUAUUUCAUGUUAUUACAGUAUUUAUGCAAUACUGUAAUAAUACUU